AGGAUGUGGUUCCAGAAAGGAAGAGCAUGAAUUCCUUUUCUGUAGGGGAGGAAAAAUAGCCUUACUAGCAAAUCAGGCCCAUAAAAGACUGUGCAAGAUGCCUUAGGGACCAAGAUAACAUUAGCACCCGAAGAAGCUGGCAUUAGCUUAGCCUCCAGCUGCCCACCUGCAGAAUUUCAUGCUCAGGCCCCCUCUUAUCACCCAGCUAAUCAUUGCCACCGCUGAGCUCUGGGGAUUGAGCAGCUAGUCUACACUGGCAACUAAAAACCCACCUCCGCGGAGGGCCUAGCUCCCAGCACCGGGGCGCCGUUUACACGGGCGCAUUACAGCGUUGAAACUUGCAGCGCUCCCCGGCGUGUUUCUUCGCAGCGCUAUAAAUUGUCAGUGUAGACAAGCCCCACCCAUCCGCAGCCGGCUGGCGCCCUUCCACACCGCGGAGACGAAGGCGACAAGAAAAGCCGGGAGCCGCCCCUGCGCAGCAGACCUGCCUGCUUUCCCUUCAGCUCGGCCGGGAGCGGAGGCCAUUGGGCUGCUGCGUAACCCCCUGGAAGAGCGCUCGGCGGGCCCGUGCUGACAGCCGAUAUGGGAAGAAACAUGAAUCGGAACAAAACAAACCGUGUCCUGCUCACUGUCUUCAUUAUUAUGGCUGUGUUUUGCAGUUCCGGAUAUAUGCUGAAGUGUUACAAAUGUCCACUUACUGCUGUGCCAUGUAAGACCAAUAUUACCUGCGGAAGUGGCUUAGAUUCUUGCCUAUGGCUUAAAACUGGUGAAAAGACACUCUCUGAUUGCUAUACAUAUUCCAGCUGCAACGUCAACCAAAUUAAAGAGGAUUACAAGUUUGACAGCUUUAAUUUCAGAUGUUGCCAAAAAGACCUGUGUAACAGGAGUCCAACCACAAUGAUUAGUACAACAGUCUUCAGCAUCGCUACCAUAAUGACCAUGAUCUGGAUACUCGGCGCUUAAGAUGGAGGGGAAAAAGGAUAAUUUUGUUUUCCUAAAUACCUACUGAUUUAGAAAUCAUUCAUAUAAACAUGCUGUCUAUUGUAGACAAUUUUUGCGCCUAGCACAGUUGUGUUGUUUGAGAAAGCAGACUUAGAAAAAAAACAGUUUUUUUGGAAAAGCUAUAUGUUAAAAUGUAGGGAAAGUACAUCUACAGUGGUAGAUAACUGCAGGUUCUUGAUAGAAGUUAUACUUCUCUGUGUUAUCUGGAGUAAAUUCUUUCUCUUGCUUACAGUGAGUUUCACAUCUCUGAUCUGAGUUUGUCCUUUACACUCCAGUUGUGGCAAUGUUACCUAGCCCUUCAAAGGUGUAAGCCACUUUUUUAAGUCAGUAAGACUAUUGUUGGUAUUGAUCAGCAGCUUUUCCUUUAUUUUCUUAUGUAAUUGUUUCUGCUUGAAAAUAUGUUUAACAAAUGGACCUAACUCACCAUAUUAGAAGUUAUGGUUGCUUUUUUGUAUAACACUUAUAGCUGCCAAAAUUGUAUUUGUACUGUUUUGUAGCUAAUGCACUGCAUGCUUAUACAUGAAAUGACUCUUGACAGUCUGUUUUGUUGUAAAGCGUAGUGACUCAGACUGGGGUGAUAUUUGCAGUCCCUCUCUUAUUCCUGCAGAACUUCUGUAGUGUCUACUCUUCUCCUUUCUUAGAAGUAUUGUAAAUACACUUAGAGAAGGGGUGAAGUGAACUACCAAUGUCCUUUUUUUGGAUCCUUGAGAUCUUUAAUCUGUGCCAUCUAGAGUUUCCUAUGCUGCCAACUACCCUUCAUCUUGGCUACUGUGUCUUUGAACAGAUUGUAAAGGCACCAUGAUUUUCCUUAUUGA